ACUGGGUGCUGGGGCGCGUCAGUCUUAAAAGCCAGAUGAGCAGUUUAUGCUGUGCUCACACUUCCUCUGUCUUUAUGCUACAGAUGUCCGGACUGCAAGCCUGCACUGUGCUGAGAGAGAGAUGACUUGAGUGGCCAGCAUUUUUUUUUUUUUUUAAUCUCCACAACAAUGUCUAUGAACAAUUCCAAACAGCCAGUAUCUCCUGCAGCUGGGCUCCUUUCCAAUACAACUUGCCAGACGGACAACCGGUUUUCGGUAUUUUUUUCAAUCAUCUUCAUGACAGUGGGAAUUUUAUCAAACAGCCUUGCCAUUGCUAUUCUCAUGAAGGCCUAUCAGAGAUUUAGACAGAAGUCCAAGGCAUCGUUUCUACUUUUGGCCAGUGCCCUGGUAAUCACAGACUUCUUUGGCCACCUCAUCAAUGGAGCUAUAGCAGUCUUUGUGUACGCUUCUGAUAAAGACUGGAUCCGCUUUGACCAGUCGAACAUCCUUUGCAGUAUUUUUGGUAUCUGCAUGGUAUUCUCUGGUCUAUGUCCGCUUUUUCUAGGCAGUGUGAUGGCCAUUGAGCGAUGUAUUGGAGUCACCAAGCCAAUAUUUCAUUCUACGAAAAUCACAUCCAAACAUGUGAAAAUGAUGUUGAGUGGAGUGUGCUUGUUUGCUGUUUUCAUAGCUUUGCUACCCAUCCUUGGGCAUCGAAACUAUAAAAUUCAAGCUUCGAGGACCUGGUGUUUCUACAAAACAGAGCACAUCAAAGACUGGGAAGAUAGGUUUUACCUUCUACUCUUUUCUUUUCUGGGGCUCUUAGCCCUUGGCGUUUCAUUCUUGUGCAAUGCCAUCACAGGAAUUACACUUUUAAGAGUUAAAUUUAAAAGUCAGCAGCACAGACAAGGCAGGUCUCAUCAUUUUGAAAUGGUCAUCCAGCUCCUGGCUAUUAUGUGUGUCUCCUGCAUUUGCUGGAGUCCAUUUCUGGUGACAAUGGCCAACAUUGGAAUAAACGGAGAUCAUUCUCGGGAGACCUGUGAAACAACAAUUUUCGCUCUUCGAAUGGCAACAUGGAAUCAAAUCUUAGAUCCCUGGGUGUAUAUUCUGCUGCGGAAGGCGGUCCUGAAGAAUCUCUACAAACUCUCCGGGCGCUGCUGUGGGGUCCAUGUCAUUAGCUUGCACAUGUGGGAGCUUAGCUCCAUUAAAAAUUCCUUAAAGGUUGCUGCUAUUUCUGAGUCCCCAGUUGCAGAGAAAAUAAAUCAGCCAGCACCUGGUUUAAUAGGACAAUAAGGCAGUGUAGGUCUAGGGCAACAGUCAGGAAAGUUUUGUCAAUAUUUCAGUUAAUUGGAUGGAGACAGAAAGCCUAACUGGAAAAUUCAGACCUCAGCAGUUAGUUUGGAGGCACUUUUGUCGGAUUCAGCUGUUGAAAUUUGUGAAAUUCGCUGUGCAAUUGCAUCUUUCCCCUUAUUAUUAUUUUUUUUUUCAACUGGAGGUAAAUAUAGUAUGAUAAUGCCAUGGGAGUCACACUUAAAAAGUGUUUUGGGCUUCUUUGUGUUAUUCACGCUUUUGCAAUGAGUGACUCUGUUGAAGCCUUAAAGCCUUUGUGUGUCUUAUUUGUCCAACAGCAUCUUAAUACUUAACCUGCACAUGAAAUAGCUGUUUGGGGGUCAUUGCUCUGCAGAUGUUCCUGAUAAACGAGGCGCAGUAAAGGGGAGCGGCCUCACUGUUGGGUCUGGUCUAUUACACCGCUCAGUGUGUGCUUUCAAUCAAUGUAUGAAUGGUCCUGUCUCAUGGGGUUCACUGUGGCUUGUUACAAUGACCUCCAUGACACCAGAUGUGGACAUCAGGUUGCCUGACCUCACGAGCCUCCUUAGAAUGAGCCUAUUCUUGUCAUUUUGACAAAUAUGACUGCUUGCUUGUAUUAUUGUGAUGGCAGAUUGUUUGAAGGUUUCCUUGUGUGAGUCAUAGAUUUACUGUUCUCACAUAAUAUUUUCCUCUGAAAAUUCAGUAAAGGAUUUUUAGAGAAACCAAGGCUCUACAUAGGGGAAUUUGCCUGGUAGCAGUUCCUGUGAAGCAUGCCAAGGAUAAUGCGAACAGACAGAGCUUAAACCCCCAUGAUAGGUACAAAGCAUGUUGGCAAAGGAGCUCUACUCUGAACUGCCAUUGCUGUAUUAGAGAACAAAAGAAACACAGUCUAUAUAUAAUAUUCCAAGACUAUCUGUAGCUAGUGUGUUUGUGCUUUCUUCACACAUGCAUACACACACAUACAUAGACACAUACACAUAUCAAGAAUUUCUAUUGAAAGCUAGUUCAUUAAAUCUGUAUGACAUCAUCUUCUAGAGCCUGUGCUACCUGUGUCAAGGGGAAAAUUGGCAAUUAGUCAGGCACUUGGGUGAUCAUUAUUAUGGGUAACCAAGAGAUCAGGGGAUAAUGAUCUCUCCCCAAAUUUCCAGUAAUACUUUAGACUUCUUUGCUUCUUUGUAUAAUCCAAUCCCCCAGUUUUCAUGAUCAUUGAAAAUGUCCUGGGGCCGUCAGAACAUAGGGAGGUAGUUCUGCCUCUGUAAAAGAAUUUUUUCUUUCAUUACCUGUGAUCCAUUUUAAAAAAUUAACCUUCUCUGUGAGACUGAUUUCGCAUUCUUCAGGAAAUAUCUGUGUUUCAGCUAGACUUAAAUUAUUACAUUCACAAAUUUUUGCUUUUGACUGGUAAUACACAUUGGAAGUUGUCCACUUUUGUGAAUUUUGGUAAAUUCUUAUGAACAAAUGAAAAGAAGUUAAGCAAAUAACCUCACUGAAUAUUUUAAAGGAAACACUUUUUCCCAGUGAUUUAAAGAGAAGACACACACAGGGACACAUGAUAUUCUUAAUUUAAGAACAGUAAAUGAUGAAUCACACAAAGUUAGGUUAUUCUCAUAUAUAGAACACAUAGGAGAUGCUCAUGAUAUACUUGCCAAAUUGAGUUACAGACAAGAUUUGUUUUGGUGCAAAAUGAGCAUGGAGUUGCAAAGUCUUGUGCAGGUUUAUUUAAAAUGGCAAUUAUAUAUUGGUUAUUUUGAUAUGUAUAUGUAUGUAUAUGUAUAUUUAAAUAUCCAGUGUAUAUACUUUUUUAAAAAAGCCAUUGCAAUUUCUGAUUGCUGUUACAUUACAUGAAUGCUCUCAUGUGUUUCAAGGGCACUUAAAGCCCAGAUCGUUUAGUUGGCUUAGAGGAGACAUUUAUUUCCCACAGCUACUUUAAGGGAGUGUUGGUGUCCUGGGAGCUGAGGCGCAAGGAACCAUAGCUUCAUCCUUUCUCCUUACGCUGGAUAGGAUGUUGCAGCAAAAUUUCCAUGUACUGUGGCCUGGGAGAGGUGUGCAGAGAAACUCUCAUUCAAGGGCUCCAGGCCUCUUCUCCUUAAGGCUUUUAGGUGAAUAGCAUCAUGGUUUUUCUGAUAUCAUGGUUUUUAAGACGUCACUCUGGCCAUGAGCAUCUAUAUCGAGGAGAUACUGUGACCUUACCGUAUGUGGGAAUGCAUGGGCGUGUAAGGUAUUAGGGAACGACAGUCAAUCUCUGCAUGUCCUGGAGGGCUUCACUUCAUUAUCUGAGCACAGGUUUAGGGCAACUAAGUUGGUUUUAUAAUGAGGUUAAACCCAAGAAGUAGACACCAAAAAUUGAAAAAAAAAUGUAGUAGAAGAAUAUGUGUUUACGUUGUGUUAGACCUUUCGUCCAAGGAAAAUAAAGUGAACACAAUAUACAUCUGACUUCAGAAUUUUAUUUCUGUUAUUAUAUACAUUUCAGUGUAGUUUGGCAUCUUGUAUGUUGAAUAAUAGAGUGUAGCCGCCAGCAACAAAUUUCACAGAAAUGUUUAAAGUGAAAAUUACUUUGUUCCGGUUAUUAGAAAUGAGUAGUACAAGUAGUGUUCACCCCGUUAACCAAUUUUGGAAUUUUAAGGUCUGUUUUAAAAUUUAUAAUUAGACCAUCAGAGCAACUGAAUUAUCCUUCUCAUUGGGGAAAGUAUCUGAGCAACUUCACUAUCUGAUCAUAUUACUUCUGAGGAAAUUGAUUAUUCUAGGCAAAUGACUUGUAAAUGCAGGUUUUUUUCUUUUGUUGGUGAAUUUAAAAACUGAGACAAAAAAAAAGCUAAUGGCAAAUGGGUUUUUACGAAUUAUGAACAAAGACAGGAAAUGCUGAUUCAUAAUUAGUUGUAGGUACAUCCUACUGUUUCACACUUUUUACUGAGGAUUUAACUGACACAAAUAUUCUAAAUUUUUUCCUAAAGGCUGAAAGUUCCGUGUAAUUAUUUGCAUUGCUGAAGGGCAAAAUACCUAAAAGUUAACUCACACACACACACACACACACACACACGCACACAUGCAUCUGUCUUAUGAAAUAGUCUUGUUUGCUCAUUAUCAGUCUUUAAAAGAAAAUCCUGCUUUAGUUUUGUGUCUAAUCUGAAUUUAGACCCCAGGUAAGAGCACUUGCUAAACACAUAGAUACACUUUUUUGAAAUUUGCUGCUAGCUUUGCCUGUAUCACCACCAUUGCUACAAAUUAAUAAACAAAGGUCAGAAUAUGAAAGAUGGGAUGGGAAUACACAUUUUCUCACUUCUUCAUCUGGGUGUCAAAUAUUUUACCACGUGGUAAAUAAUGUUGGACUUCAGCUUAUUACUGAGGUAUUUUAAUGGUAGAUACAAUGUCUUAUGUGAAUAAAUAUAUUUUGUGUUCUUCAUACUUGCUGGACUGUAUGAAAUUAAACAGUGAUAUGUAUAUUUUGUGGCUUGUAUCAAUGUGCAACUCAUGGAAUUUUAGUGUUUUGACUAGUUUAAAACUUCCAACAAAUGAUUUACAAUAAACUUGGACUAGUGUUAA